UGCGGUAGCAUCGUUAGACAAUAAACGUGAUGUACCAUGUGUUGCAAUGGUUUUCUGUUUGCUUGGUAGUGCUAGUGAACUGUGGGUUUGCACAAGAAGCUCCCUUAUUCUUUGACCAACCACCGGAUGAUGAUUACUAUAGAAGAACGAAUAUGAAAGAUUGUCCGAAACGUUUUUACUGGGGUAGAAACGAUCCUCUAGGUGGUGGUGGUGGAUAUGGCGGAACUCGUGUACUGCGAGGCGAGUUCCAGCACAUGGUAGCCCUUGGAUGGACUAGACCUAGCGGAAAAAUUGACUAUCUUUGUGGGGGUAGUUUGAUCACCGCAGCAUUCAUACUCACUGCCGCACAUUGUAGUGUUGACCACGAUAAUAUUCCUCCCGAUACGGUACGAAUUGGCGACACAGAUCUUGGUAGCCCAGAAGAUGAUGAAUUUGCUCAGCAGAUCGCGAUCCGCGUCAUCACGGUACAUCCUCAGUAUCGCGGAUCCCGUAAAUAUUUUGAUAUUGCGUUGAUUGAGCUGAUCAAACCUGCCAAAUUCAGUGCGGCAGUAUGUGCGGCUUGCUUGUGGCAUGAAGAAGAAUUACCCGGCGAACGUAUGGAUGCCGUUGGAUUCGGCGUAACCGGUUUUGGGGAAGACCUCAGUCCCACCUUACAGCGAGUACAGCUAGAUAGAAUAGCGUUAACAAGAUGCUCUGAACGCCUUACCAUUAACCGACGCCAGAUGCCUGAAGGAUUGCGAUACGAUCAGUUUUGUGCCGCUGGAAACAACAUGGAUACUUGUGAAGGAGAUUCGGGGGGACCGAUAGGAGUGAAGCGCCUCGACGUUGGAGGUGACAUCAUUUCAGUAAUUGUGGGAAUCGUUUCGUUCGGAACACCUUGUACUGCAGGAUCUAUGGGAGUUUAUACUCGGGUCGCUGCCUACAUUGAUUGGCUGGAGCGAGAAACCAAUAAAUCGCUUAGCUAUGGUGCUUGCACGAAGGGGAUCUAUUGUCCUGGAAGGUUAAAAAAUGGAACAACAGUUUUGUAUGGAAGAGGAUUUUACAGAACUCGCUAUGGAUUGAUCUGGGAUAAGGAAGAACCUUCAGAGUUUGAAUGUGGAGCUACACUAAUCGACUACAAAUUUUUGCUAACCUCGGCUCACUGUGUAACAGCACGCAGAGAGCAUCCUAAGUAUGUGAAUUUUGAUAGUGACUUAGGCACGGAAAGAGUUGCUAUUACGGAUGUAUAUGUAGCACCACGAUAUAGACCAGGACGUCCGGAGAACGAUAUCGCUCUCGUGAAGGUAGGAAGGUUCAUCAACGCCGAUUAUUUCCGUCCUGUUUGCCUCUGGGAUCGCAGGAUCUUGGGGGAAUGGUCAGGAGUACCAGUGUUUCGGGCGUAUGGGCCCUUUGCUCGAAGCACUGAUCCAUUGUUACUGGUAAAUGGAACAAUUACAAUUCGUGGCUCGAAUGGAAGGAAUUGUCGCAUCACCAAUGACCCCGCUAGUGAUUUAGUUUGCUACAACAAUAAUGUCAACAUGAUGCCGGGCGUUUGUUCGGUCGAUUAUGGUGCCUCCGCAGUAAAUGGAUCGAUACGAAUGAUGCCUGCCUACACGUUUGGUGUUAUAUCGGCUAUGACUAAGGAUUGUGGUUCCAACUUAAUUGUUACUGAUAUCACUCCACAUAUCGAUUGGAUAGAGGCAAUCAUCGUAGGACGGCGUGAUAAAGUGCAUAUAUUCUCCGAUUAGAAGGAAUACAGAAUAUGUUCAACUGGUUUAAACAUUACACACAAACCGAUUUCAUACAAACUUUAUGAUACCGAGUGG